UUUUUAUAAAAGUUAAGAAUGGAAUUUCAAAGAGAAUGAAAAUGAAGCACAUCAGGCAUAAAGCAUAUAAGAAAGCCACCAGUGCCUACUAUUAAUCAGAAAUAAAGUUAAAGGGCUUGCUAAAGAAAGAUCUCAAAAAUGCCUCGUUCAUCAUGAAGUUGAUGCCACAUCCAAUAAACAUAAAGAAGGGCCAAGUCACUCUCGUCGAUGGUAUCACAAGAAAUCCUUGUCUGAAAGCAAGUUGAUUGGUGUGACGAAUACUCUCAAGAAAGAUAUUGCUCCAACUAAGCAAGCUGCACCAAGAAAAAGCAAGGACUCCCUCAAUAAGGCUGUAUGUUUCACAGAUGAGAAAUCGUUGGGAAUGAAAAAGUAUAUAGAAGAUAUCACCAAUAAAUAUGAACUAAAGUUAUCAAAACUUGAAUUGGAAAACAAGCUAUUAAAAGAGAAACUAAGUCAACAGAUUAAAAUCAAUGAGGAAAUGCAAAAACUAUUUUUAGCUGAAACGAAAAGAAUCGACUCUCUAAUAAAGAUAUAAAGAGCAAAAAUGAUGAUGCAGAUAACGAGGAUGACAUUGCUGCAUUGAGAGCUAGCGAAAUACCCUUGUUUCCAAAAAGAAGCAGAAACCGUAGCUCAUCAUUUGGGGAAUUAACUUACGUACAAAAGUCUUGUUAUAGUCAAUCCUUGAAAAAGAACUUAAACAGCAAAAGUAGCAAAAUAUUUUCCUCAGCUAAAGAUGUAAGUAGCCCAGGGCCUGGCUAUUCUGCUCUCUCAAGGAAGAUGGAUGAACUAGUCAAAUCUAAUCAGAAAACAAAAGGAGAGAAAUCAAAUAUAUCCAAAUUUGAACUUACUUCAGAGUUCAAAGGAUCACAAAUAGAGAAAAUAUCUGAAAAGUUCUUAACAGAAGAUGAGGAUGAGAAGGAUGGUCAUGAAGGAAUGGAUACGCAAGAAGAAACCUCAAAUGCACCUUCAAAGAUGCAGCAAGAUAGAAAUAUUCUCCAGAUCCCUGAAAGAUGUCAAAAAGGCGGAAGUCUUUUAAUUCCGUCUUCUCAUCACCAAGAUGGUCAAAUAUUAUUUAUUCACAAAUCUGACCCGAAUGAGAAAGGACAGCCUCGAGAUGAGCUUAAGAAGCUUGCUGGAAGCUUCAACGGAAGUGCAUUAAAUUGAUCAAGGCAGUCUCGGUAUCUGUACCAGAAUAGAAGUCAUAGCCAUCUUAACUCUGAAUACCCAUCAUCAAGAAGAGAAAUAGACGUAAUGUUCUCAGUAUGGAUGGAUGAUAGCAAAGCUUCUUCCUGAAUGCUCUGUGGCUCAGAUUUCUGGUUUUUCUCUCGAAAACACCACUGAAGAGUCUGAGGCAAGAUUUUCUGAGGUAGCUGCAGUAAAUAUCUCAUCAUAAUCAACGGGAAAAAGUGAAGAGCAUGCAAAUUUUGUAAAGAUAACCACGAACAUGCCGAUGAGUAAGGGAAAAUUGGAUAAUUUUUUCAAUUUUUAAUCAAUA